GGAAACCUCAUAGCGGCCAGCGGGUACAUCCCCAACACUUCCUAUAAUACAGCCGAAGAGACCCAUAGCUUCAGUGCCUACCUGUGAGAGGAGGAUCUGCCACAAUGCUGAACCAGCAGAUGCUACCUGUAAGCAAAGACAGAGUCAUCUCAAAGAUGCCCAAGUGUUACACUCCUGAAUCAUGCCUCCAUUACAAGUCCCAAUUUGAUGAACAAGUGAGAACAGCUUGCCAGCAGCGCCAUGCGGGUAGCUUUGGGUUGAAGAUGUCCAAAGUUGUGAUGGUGGGAGAUCUUUAUGUGGGGAAGACCAGUUUGAUCAACAGGUUCUGCAAGAACGUGUUUGAUCGGGAUUAUAAAGCAACAAUUGGAGUCGAUUUUGAGAUUGAGCGGUUUGAGAUUUUGGGGGUUCCAUUUAACCUCCAAAUAUGGGACACAGCUGGACAGGAGAAGUUCAAAUGUAUUGCUUCAACAUACUACCGAGGAGCACAGGUGAUCAUUACUGCAUUUGAUUUGGGUGACAUCCAAACCUUGGAACACACAAAACGUUGGGUAGAGGAUGCCCUCAGGGAAAAUGAUCCUGAGAAUUGCUUCGUUUUCCUGGUUGGCACAAAAAUGGACACAUUGUCUAUAGCAGAGUGUGAGCGGACGGAGCGUGAUGCUUUAAAAUUUGCCAUGGAAAUUAAGGCAGAAUACUGGUCUGUCUCAGCAAAAACAGGGGAGCACGUAAAGGAUUUCUUUUUCCGAGUGGCAGCUCUGGCCUUUGAACAGUCAAUGAAAAGAGAACUGGAGAAGAGCAGAGACGGCACAGCUCAGAUUGGAACUGGAACCCUCAUACAACUGGAAGGAAGCUCAGUAGGGAAGAAGGAAAAUGAUAGCCAAAUGAAUCCAAAUUGCUGUUAGACUGGGGCAACCAAGGGAUUGAAGAAAGUGCCAGCAUUAGGCCCUCUCCGCUAAUGGGUAGUGCCCAGCUGCAGCCAGCAAUCCACUCUCUGGUAUUCUGAGCCUCCUCCAGAAGGUGCCUUAUAGUGCCUGCCCAGCACAUGUCCAUCUGCUGUGAGUAGAGUUUGCCCUGUAUUGGUGACCUUAGGCAUAACAUGCGCUGUCACUGCCCACAACAUAAAGGCAAUUAAAAGUGACCACUCUGAGCAGCUGGAUAAUGUACCUUAAAUAAGAAUUCAUGACCUUAAACAGAUAUAUCUGAACUGCAUAGAAAAGAAAGGUAUAUUAACAAAGUUCUUGAAGAACAUGGGCUUCCGAUGAAUUUGAUCACUGUGCUCUGAUGUGAAAACUAUUUCUUUGUAUUUACUUUUUUUGUCAAUAUGUGUCAAUUAAUCAUGAAAUUAAACACAUUGAAGUUGAUGU